CGAAUUGCUGAUCCAUCCAGAGUCUUCCUCCCUGUUUGUCGCAACAAGGACUCAACAUGCCCUCCACAUACAAGAGAGAUAAGCCGUGGGAUACGGAGGAUAUUGACAAAUGGAAGGUCGAACCUUUCAACGCCGAAGACAAUGUCGCUGGUAGUUUCGCCGAGGAGUCUUCGUUCGCGACUCUGUUCCCCAAGUACCGCGAACAGUAUCUCAAGGAGGCCUGGCCCCUGGUGACGAGAUCCCUGGAGAAAUAUGGCAUUGCUUGUACCCUCGAUUUGGUCGAGGGUAGCAUGACGGUCAAGACGACGCGGAAGACGUUUGAUCCUGCUGCCAUUCUCAAGGCGCGCGAUUUGAUCAAGCUUCUGUCCAGAAGUGUUCCGGUGCAACAGGCCCUGAAAAUUCUCGACGACGAAGUCGCAUGCGACGUUAUCAAGAUCCGCAACCAAGUCCGCAACAAGGAGCGCUUCGUCAAGCGCCGUCAACGUAUCCUCGGGCCCGGCGGCUCCACCCUCAAGGCGCUCGAGCUCCUCACCAGCACCUACAUCCUGGUACAGGGUAACACGGUCGCCGCGAUGGGACCCUACAAGGGGCUGAAGGAAGUGCGCAAGGUCAUCAACGACUGCAUGGCCAACAUCCACCCGAUCUACCACAUCAAGGAGCUCAUGAUCAAGCGCGAGCUGGCCAAGGAUCCCUCGUUGGCGGAGGAGUCGUGGGACCGGUUCCUGCCCAACUUCAAGAAGCGCACUCUGUCGAAGCGUCGCAUGCCGUUCAAGGUCACGGACAAGACCAAGAAGGUGUACACGCCUUUCCCCCCGGCCCCGGAGAAGAGCAAGGUGGAUCUGCAGAUCGAGUCCGGCGAGUACUUCCUCUCCAAGGAGGCCAAGGACCGGGCGCAGAAGGAGGAGAUCAUGGAGAGACAGCGAGUGAAGCGGGAGGAGAAGAUGAAGGAGCGCGAGAAGGCGUUCGUGGCGCCCGAGGAGCUCGAGGAAGCCGAGAAGGCCAAGAAGGAGAAGAAGGAGAAGAAGGAGAAGAAGAAGCGGAAGCGCGAGUCGGAGGCUGCGGAGCUGGAAGCGGACGCCGAUGCCGCGGACCGGAAGGAGAAGAAAAAGAAGAAGAAGAGCAAGUCGAAGGAGGAGACGUCGGAUGGAGAGGCUUAAUCUGGCCUCGUCGUCUCGUGGGGGGUUUUGCUCGGUGGUUCUUUUCUUCUUCUUCUUGUCAGUGUGUGGACUUUCGUAAUAUGGCGCUUAGGCAUAGCAUGGGCUGGAGUUAAUUAUAUGUUUCUUGACUCCCUUCUAUCUUUCGUGAGCCAGGAGGGAAGGGAUAUCAAAAGCUUGAAUUGAAUGGAUUGAUUAUGGUGGUUUGACUUGAUAAUCUCGAAGGUUUGGGCCUGUCCCAUACGGAGGAAGCGCCACAGCCC